GCGUGUGUGUGUGUGAAUACGUGUGACAGUAGUGUGCAUGUAAACAACGGGCCAAAACCCCAGCAAAGCCAGCUUCUGUUACCGGAGAUUUUUAUUGCAAACACAAAACGGCCUCGAAAUGAUAAUGGACAACUCGAAAACUACCAGCAAAACGACCCUGCUGAAGCUGAUGCUGCUGCGCGCGUGGAAAGAGCGCUGGACCGACUGCCAGUGGGGCAUUAACGUGAAAACGAUUCUCACCCGUGGUGUUAGUGGCGAUGUGUACAAUUUGGCCGACGCCAUCAUACAGCAGGCGGUGGUUGGAUCGGGAGCGAAUAUGCUAUUUCUCUCCUACCUGAAGCAUUCGCUGUGUGCGCACCUAAUUUCCCACGCUGCCGUGCUGAACCGCAUCGCCAAGUACGACCAGUUCGACAAGCACCAUUGUCUGAUCGCGCUGCUCGACUUCCUCAAGUCCAUCAUCGAUGGGGUGACGUGCCGGGGCAAGCAGGAGGAAGCGAUCCUUACGAAGGCGACCGUUUCGCUCGUCCACUGGCUGCUGCAGAUCUACGAGUGCGUGCUGCAGUCGUACGCCGAGGACAGCACGCUGCAGCCCGAGGAGGAGGAGGUCGUGCAGCGCGUUGCGGUCGUGCUGGAGCGCAUCGUGGAGAACCCGUUCCUACUGGGCGUGCUGUCCAUCGGCAAGUGCGACGAUCCGGAGCUGUUCAUAGCGCUGCAGAAGCGCUUCAAUGGCAUCAGCAAUCUCACCCUCACGACCGGGUACGUGGCGAACGUGGGUGGUGGCAACGCGAACAGCCUCACCGUGACGGAUUGCAUGCGCAAGCUCGUGCUGCUCGAGGUGGACGCGCUGGAGAUGCGACCGUUCGACGGCGGUAAGGUGGAGCCGAUCACAUACAGCCUGCAGCCGCUGAUCGCGAUCGAGGUGCUGCUGAACCCGAUGUGCGACACGCACCAGUACGUCGCGCAGCUGAUCAACCUGAAGCGGCUGAAGGGCUUCACGUACGCCCGGCUGUACUGCGAGCUGAUGCGCGGCUGCCUGAUCGCGCUGAACAACGUCGAGGGCACGGCGAAGGAGUCGCUGCUGUGCGCGUUCGCCUUCAUCAAGGUGCCCCACAUACUGCACCAGCUGCACGCGAAAACGAACGGCGCCGAGCAGCAGGACGAGGCGACCGGCGCGACCUACAGCGUGGAGGUGCUGGAAGCGUUCGAGCUGCUGCUCCAGGACACGCCCGUGCUCGACUACAUGGACAUGAAGUGUGCCUGCAACGUGGUGGAGUGUCUGCUGAAGGAAAUGGUCAAGCUGCAGCUGCUGACCGACACGCACGUGAAGCAGCUGGUGGCGCUGCGCGAACCGGUCACGGCCGGGCUGCACAAGCUCGACGCGAACAGUGCGCCGCUCACGAUGAUGCUGAAGUUUGUGUUUCGCGUGGAGUCGCCGCUGGCGGGCAUCCUGAAGGCGCUCAGCACCGACUGCAGCAAGGUGCAGGACGCACUGCUCGCCAUGCUGUGCCAGGUGCUGACGGGCAACAGUCUCGAUCUGGUGCUGUCGGUCGCGUCCGUCGAGGGCAAGUUUAAGGCGUUCAUCUCGGGGCUGCUGAAGUGCAACGACUACGCGAAGCAGGCGACGACCGCGGAGAUUGGCAAGGCGCCGACGACGCGCAGCGCACUGUUCGACGUGUCGUUCAUGAUACUGGCCAGCAUCGCGCAAAGCUACGGGUCGGACGUGAUUCUGGCGGAGGGCGGCAACAGCUUCUUCGAAAAGUGGGUCCGCGAUUACAUGGUGGAGCGCAAGAAGACCAAAUCGCCCAUGACGAUGGUGAAGCAGGCCGACCCGAUGGUGCUGGAGGAGCUGAUCAUGGCGAUGAACAACAGCGAGGGCAUGUACGUCGGGCUGAAAGCGUCCAGUCUGCGCUGGGAGGACAUCUGCUACACGAUCCCGGCCCUCGUCCAUCAGGUGCUGAUGGCGUGGGAAAGCGAAUCGAUCGCGCCGCUCGAGAUCAAGAAGAUGCUGGACGGGCUGAAGGCGUACUUCAGCACGUUCGCCGUCUGUGCUGCGUCGUGGCUGUGCGCGUACAUGCAGAUGGUGCGACAGGACGAGCAGCUGAAGCCGAUGAACAUGGUGCAGCAGCUGUGCAGUGCGCUGGCCGGGCCGCUGGCGGACGAGUGGCAGCAGCAGGACUACUGCAAGGAGCGGUUCGGGCUGAUGGGCCAGAUCGUGCGCCGCAUGCAGCAGGAGUUUCUCCGCACGCCGCAGGUCAACCCGAAGCUGCGGGCGCUCUUUCCCAGCCAGCAGCAGCAGCACGUCGUGUCGCAUCUGCCGCUGGAGGAGCAGUUCGAGGAGGCGUGGAAAGCGAUCGCCGAACGGGGCUGGCUGCCGAUCGAGACGACCUUCCUGCUCGACACGCUGCUCCAGUCCUGCGGGCCAGCCUGGCUGGUGGAGAAGCUGAUCGGCAAGCUGUUUGUGUGCAAGUACGUGCGCGACCUGAACAAAACGAUGGACAUUAUAUUCGCGAUCAUGCAUCUGGACAUUGAGCGGUGUACGAUCGCGCUGCUGUCGCAGCUCGUGCCCAUGAUGCUGCUCAACAAAGCACAAACGCCAGAUAUUGUGGACCCUCAGUCACGCGUGCUGGCAAAGCUCUGCGUCUACUGCAUCAUCGUCACCAUGGAGACGUCCCUAACCGCGACGAAAAAGCGCACCCGCGGCACAGCCAGCUCCGACCUGGAAGAUCUCGACGCACUGUGCACCAGCGCCAAGCUGCGCAAGAUCGAGCUGGACGGUAUGGGAGUGGGCUGUACGGAAGCCGCCACCGGUGGCGCCAGCGGUACAGAGUUUUCGCUCGACAGUGCCCUCGAAUCGACGGCCUCAGCCUGGACCACGGAGGCGGCAUCGAUCGCAACGUUGAAGGAACCGCUGCAGAGCUGCCUGCAGACGCUGUUUCGCACGUUCGCGCAGCACAUCGCGACGGACGAGCUGUCGCCGAAGGUGUACUUUGUGUUUCAGUUCCUCUCGCUGCUGGUCGAGAGUGGUCGGGAGCGGAUCAUGUGCGUGCUGAAGCUGCUGCCGAACGGGUUGGUGCAGAGUUUGCUGAAAAUCAACGCCACCGAUGAGAUGACGGUGGGACUCAUCCUGAGACUGUAUGACCUGAACACACCGAGCGGCCGCCAGUUUGCAAUGUCCGACAUUUGUCUGCUGCGCAACAUUCAGAUGCGAAAGGAAAGCAUUAAGUUGUAGAUCAUUACGGCGACUUACGUGAUUUGAGUUUAUUAGUUA